AUGAACAACGCGGCGAACAUCAUGAUGAAUAUGAAGCAAACCUUCUCCGCUAUCCGCGUGGGCUUGCUGGUUGGGAUUGGUGGUGGCAUGCCGAGCAAGGCUGAUAUGCGCUUAGGUGAUGUUGUCAUUGGAACAAGGGUGAUGCAAUAUGAUCUUGGGAAAGUUAUUAGAAAUGGAGAGCUCCGACGCACAGCAAUCCCUAGGAUUCCUCACCACUUGCUUGGGACAGCUGGGUCUGCCCUCUGUUCAAGACAUGAGCUGGACCCUAGUCAAGUCCCAUCCAUCCUACGGCUGAAGCUUGAAGGACACCCUGAAUAUGGUUGCCCAAGCUCCCCGGACUGA